AUGCCAAGAACAAGAAGCUCUACCACCAAGAAACAAUCUACCAAGAGAAAACAUGAAGAAACAUCAACCUCCGAUGAUUCCGAAAUAAAAAUUAGAAAAAUUAAUAAUAAUAAAAAAAAUCGUGAUGAGGGUGAUGAUGAAGAAAUCGAUAAUCAAAGUGUUGAUAAUCAAGCUACCACAACCAAGAAGAAGGAAUCAAAGAAAGACAGAUGGUACGCUUAUGAAUCAAGUGUAUAUAAAAUUGAUUUGACCACCUUGUUGAGUAAGCUAGUAGCUCUCUCCCAAUCAGAAAUCUUCUUCAAUUUUCAAAAGAUUAGAGAUGAAAUGAUCAAGACAAUCUUGAAGAAUUAUGAAGAAACGUUGAUGAUUGCAGAGAAUAAUAGAAAUUGUUGUUCGAUAUUGACUCACGGUCAAUUGCAUCUCAAUGAAAGCGUUCAAUACAAGAGAAAUCAAUGCAAAAUCAUUCAAGAUGAGAAUUGUCAUGAAGUAUAUUUGUGUGUUCAUUCUCUAGAAUUCACCAAUCAAUCAGCAAAGAAUGAGCAAAUGUUUGCAUGUGAUGGAUGGUUAAUUUACAGAUGUGACAGAAUGAAGGGAGAUGAACAUGCCUUCUCCACAAUUCAUGGCCACAUGAUUGGCGACAAGAUCAAUUCGAAAACUUUGCAUUGGUUGGGAAUUCAUGAUUCACAUUGUACUAUUAGAAGAAUUGAAUGGGAAAUUAAAGAAAUUGUUGAUAAGAAGAAGGAGAAUUUGCCAGAUCCUUCACCGAGGGAGCAGAUUGAGAAAGAACUUGAAAAGUUUAAGGCAAUUCCAUUAGACAAUUUUAUUCCAAACAGAGUGCUUGAGGAUCGUUCAAUGAUUAUUGAGCAGACUGCAAAAUUGUCAACUGCAUCUGAUAUGAUGGUAGUUGCCAAAGAAUUUAAAUUGUGGAAUGAUAAGGAGUUUGUUAUAAAGCUUAUUGAAAAGAGUGAAUAUGACUUGUCCUAUGAAAUACCAAAGAAAUUGAAAAAGGAUAGAGAUGUUAAUCUUGCAUCUGCAAAGAAACAUGGAAUUAUAAGUGAUGGAUUAGAGAAGGAUAGGGAAAUUGUGAUGGCUGCUGCUAGUAGUGGUAAUCUAUCAUGGCUUCCAAAGGAAUUUUCAAAUGAUAGGGAGAUUGUAAUGGCAGCUGUUGCCAAUAAUGGAAGAAUUUUGAGAGGUGUGGGUGAUGAAUUGAAAAAUGAUAGAGAAAUUGUUAGAAAAGCCAUUGAAAAUGAUGGAUGUGCAAUUGCAGACGCCCCAGAAGAAUUUCAGAAAGAUAGAGAACUUGCUGAAAUGGCAGUUAAACAAAAUGGACGUGCCUUUAUUUGUUUGAAAGAAUUUGAAAACGAUAGGGAGCUGCUAAAGAUUGCUAUUAAAGGAGAUACCACCAUUAUUGACAAAUUACCCUUUGCUAUCAAGAAUGAUCGAGAAAUUAUCAUGUUGGCUGUUGAGAAAGAUGGAUUAGCCAUCAAAUAUGCUUCAGCUGAUUUGAGAAAUCAAAAGGAUAUUGUCAUGAAAGCUAUUGAAAAAAAUCCUGAUGUACUUUGUUAUACUCCUUUUGAAAUGAGAAAUGAUCCAGAAAUUAAGGAAUAUCAUAGCAAACUAAUUGCAGAAAGACAAAAUAAAUAACUUAUUCUGAAUCGAGAUCAAUACCAUCAAAUAGUUUUAGGCGAGCCAUUCUGCUGAUGAAGGUAGAGGAAUAAAGUAACGAUUCUCCUCGACUGAAUACUGACUAAGGAAUUCAUUUUCAAAAAACCAAUUCCAAAUAUUCUCAAUUCCCUCUCCAGUCUUUGCAGAGCAGGACAUGUACUUGAAUCGGUAAUUAUUCCACAACAAGUUGUAUGUUGAUAAAUAAGAAGAAGUUUCGAAUGUCUUGAAUAAUUCUGAUUCCAAGACGGAUCUAAGUUCCUUAUCUGGUAUGCAAUCUGUCUUAUUGGCGAGUAAUAAAAUAGAGAGUGGUUUGGCAUUUCCAUCAUCUUGUUGAGUGUCCACAUUGUUCAUUAGUUUGUCGAAACUUUCUCUUGCUUCUUGGAAUCUUUGUCUAUUGGAAAGGUCAACAACCAUGACAAGUAAAUCAGGAGCAUUUG